AUGGUCAGAACUUCAUUUAGGUUCCCACUCGGUGUUCCUUUUCCAUUUGCUUCCAAUAGUUCGACCUACCCAGAAAAAUUGUCGGCCUACGAAUGUGGUUUCGAUCCUUUCGGUGAUGCCAGAAGUCGUUUUGAUAUACGAUUUUAUCUUGUUUCUACUUUAUUUAUUAUCCCUGAUCCGGAAGUCACCUUUUCCUUUCCUUGGGCAGUACCUCCCAACAAGAUUGAUCCCUUUGGAUCUUGGUCCAUGAUGGCCUUUUUAUUGAUUUUUAUGAUUGGAACUCUCUACGAAUGGAAAAAGGGUGCUUCGGAUCGGGAGUAA